AAAUAACAUGGGUUAAUCAUGUUGUCAUAAUACUACAACCCCAGAUUCAGAUGCUAAAAUUAAUAAUAAUCUUCCAGAACAGUAUUCAACUAGAGAGCAAUCAGAUACCUUGGCAGGCAAUUCCAAUUAAUAUCAGACAAGAAUCAAUGAAUUAGAAAACAAUGUUUAAAUUUCGUUAGAAGCAAUGAAUAAAUUAAAUUCAACUAUUUAAAAUGUAUUUUUUAGUUUUAACAAUAGCUGUUAGUCUAAGUUGAAGAAUUAAAUAAAUAAUUAGAUCAGAAAUAGAAAUUAGAAUAAAUUGAAAUUAAGGAGGAAGAAUGA